AUGCUGCUACUGCAUGUAAAUAUCGCUAUAAGACUCCCUAAUAUCCUGUCCAUAAUCACCUCGCUCUUCAAAGUGACAUUUUCAUCUACCGCCAACACUCACCCCGUAAUCUUUUCCCCUCAAACAUUUCACCAUGUCUGACCCCACUAUCAACGGCAAUCCCUUCUCAGUCUCGUCCCUCCCAGAUGACCCUGAGCAGUCUGGUGAGGUCAGACUCAACCAUCUUCCAGAGAACACCAACUACAUUGUUCUCGAAACCCAAGACCCUCUCAAAAGACCCGAGAAACAUGCCCUCAAAGACCUACAUGUCGACCUGCAGGAGUACCUCGGCGGUAACACUUGGCUUUGUCGCUAUGAACCCAUUGACAUCAAGUCCUUGCGUGAUCUUGCUUUUGUCAAAGAUGUGAAGCCCUUGCACCCAGAGCUGAAACUUGAACCAGCUCUCAAGUCUGCUGAUGGUGCAUCUGGAACUCGCACCGUUGACAUUGUCCUUCAGAAUCGUGCGGAUGAUUCUGCUGAGGAUAUAUCCCAGCGUAUCCAGGACUCUCUUGGUAUUUCUCCCGAGGACAUUACUAUCAGAAGUGGUGACUCCAUCAUUCGUCUCACAGGCAACAACGACAAGUUGCAAGAGAUCGCCAAGAUCGACAGUGUUGGCUCCAUUCAAGAGGUUCACAAGCUCAAAUUCUUCAACAAUGUUGCUCGUGAGAUCCUUCACGCUGAUGUCACUGGAUCAUCAAACACCACCAUCUUCAAAGGAGCCAAUCAAAUAGUCACCGUCGCUGACACUGGCUUUGACACUGGUGAUGAGAACAACACCCACAAGGCUUUCACCGGCCGUGUUAAGAAGCUCAUUCCCAUUGGCAGACCCGUCAAGACCAACGACCCUGAUGGACAUGGCACGCAUGUCUGCGGGUCUGUUCUUGGUGAUGGGCACUCUGACAAGAUGGGAGGUUCAAUUCAGGGCACUGCACCAGAGGCGACUCUCAUUGUACAGUCUCUCAUCAACGAUCGAGGUGGCUUGUUUGGUCGACCUCAGAAAACCCUCGGCGAUCUACUUCAGGAAGCAAUUGACAAUGAGUCGUUCAUUCACACCAACUCCUGGGGUCCGGAGUGGAGUUUCCAAAUUCCCUACAACAACGCGAGCAAGGACCUCGAUACUUUCGUUUCUUCUCACAAAGAGAUGACAGUCUGCUUCGCCGCUGGUAACGAUGGUGGCGAGGAGACUGAUCUUGGCCACAUUGGCGCUCAAGCAGCUGCCAAGAAUUGCAUCGCUGUUGGGUCAACCGAUAAUCGACGCAAGGCCAGGAACAAUCAAUUCGAUACCUUCAAGGCCGAUGGAGUUGUUGAAGGUAACCCCAACAACAUCUCUUGGUUCAGUAGUCGUGGGCCCACGCUCGAGCGCCGCAUCAAACCUGACGUCGUUGCGCCGGGUACCAUGAUCCUUUCGGCCAAGUCGAGAGAUGCGAAGCCAAGUAGCACAUUCGGCCGCUCGACUGAUCCAGCUUGGGCAUUCAGUUCGGGUACUAGCAUGGCAACUCCUCUUGUCGCGGGUUGUAUUGCUGUUCUCCGAGAGACACUGCAGAAGGACGGAGUCACCUCCCCAAGUGCAGCAUUACUCAAAGCCAUGCUUGUCAACGGUGCUGUGGACACAGGUCACAAUGUCGAAGCCCAGGGUUUCGGCCGCGUUGAUCUCGCCAAUUCCGUCAUUCUCAAGGGCAUCACCACCAACAAAGGCUACCUGGAAGGUGAACUUGACGAUGAAGAUGACGAAGAUGGAUUUGUCAAGACACUUACGCUUGGAGAUCUUCUUAUGCCUGAUGGACCGGACUCAGAAGAGGUUACGUUGAAGGUCACUAUGGUGUACUCUGAUCUUCCUGGUGCUGCUCUGCAGAACAACAUCAAUCUUCAGGUUGCUGUUGGUGAUGGACCGAGCAGAUUUGGAAACUUGGGUGAUAGGCCUGAUAAUGUUAAUAAUGUCGAGCAGGUGAUUUGGAGUGGUAUUCCUCCUGAGAGGGACACAAAGAUCACGCUUAGUGUUUCUGAACCGAGGACUCUGGUUGGGGAUAAGCAAGCCUUUGCUCUGGUUUGGAGUGUGUCAUGAUUGGAGUUUACUUUUGUGUAAUCUAGCCGCAGAAAUGCCCUUUUAGUUGGGUACUCCAGUAUCGUGUUGGUCAAUUGGUCCUCUGGGGAAUUUGCGGCUUAGUUUGUUUCUAUCAAGUAUGCAUCUUAGUGUAUCGGGACUGGAAUAUUACUACUACCUUUUGUUAGACUCAUGGAAACCGAGGAGCAUACACCCGACAAGUGGAAUAUC